AUGAGUGGUGUUCAAGGGAAAUUGUCAGGUCGUGUGAUGAACAUGAAGUUCAUGCGAUUUGCUAAAGAUGAUAGUGAAUCUGAGACAGGAACAAGGGAAAGUUCUCCAUCGAUAAAGGAAGAUAGUGUUGGAACGUCUAGGAGCUCUAAUAAUAAUAAUUCAAGUGGAAGCGGGUUUCAUGAUAGUAGUGAGUGGUUCGCUACUAGUGCCAACAAACAGAAUCUUGAUAAAAAUAAAAAAAAUAAGAGAAAAGUCUUCGUUAGGGCUAAAAAGGGUCCAGUCAGGGCUGUAAUCGCAGAUAAUGUCAGCUUAACCCAUUUACAAAUGCAAAAAGGUAAUAAUGUACGAACAACAAAUGAUAAAAUCCAAAAUAGUACUGGUAAUAUAGGAAGACGGAAAUUCAAUGAAAUAUCAAAGAAACGUAAGGUCGAAAACGAUAGUACAGAAGAUACUGACGAUUAUGAAUUAGAUCGUGUGUUUAAGGAGAGCAUCAAACGUCGUAAAACUUCCGAUAGUAACAAAAAAAAAUAG